AUGAGUUCUCGAGCCUGUCAAUUCUGCCGCGUCCGCAAGAUCAAAUGCGACAAUCUCAAGCCUUCGUGCGGUUCGUGUCUGCGCAAUGAUCGCCAGUGUGUGUAUCUCGUUGGGCCACCCAGACAGAGACCAUCACGCGCCCUGAUCGAAGCCGCUCAUCGCCAGCGACGCGCAGUGGAAAAUGUCCUCAUCGCCUUGAAAAAAGCCGAUCCCAGCGACCGCGACGCCAUGCUGGAUUCCAUCACGCUGAAAGAUGGAUCGCCUCAGAUUCCCGGUUCGCUAUCAGGGAAUGUCAUCGUGUCCAUCCGUGAAGAAGACUCAUCCAGUUCUGAAUCAGAAUACGACGUGACGACCUUUCUCUCGCGCGAUGAAUGCGGCACAGUCGGCGUAUUCGGUCCCUCGUCAGCUCUCCACGCAGGCAGUCCGAUGAGCACUGAAUCGCCGGAUUCGCGACCUCGUGUAGAGCCAGAUGGAUACCAGUUGAUUGCGGAUGCUGCUCUAUCUCGACAGAGAGAGUUUGAUAUUCGCAGUCUGCCGACGGUCGGUGGCAUUCCAUCCGAACUGGCGAUGCAUUUGCUGGAUCUGCACUGGAAUCGACAGCAUCAUACCUUUCUGCUUACGUAUCGGCCUGCUUUCAUGCGAGAUCUGGUCAACGGGGGCCCCUAUUGCUCUGACUUCCUGCUCAACGCCGUCUGUGCCUGCUCGAGUAAAUUCUCCGAACGCCUCGAAGUCCGCGAUGAUCCCAAUCGCCCAGAAACAGCCGGCAAGCGCUUCUUCGAUCGAUGCGACCAACUCCUCGCCGAACAGUCGUUACUCGCUCACUCCAGCAUCCCAACCAUAUCAGGCCUUCUCAUGCUGGGUAGCUCCUUCAACGCACGCGGCCAAACCUCCAAAGGCUGGCUCUACACCGGCUACGCACUGCGCAUGGUCUACGAUCUCGGCCUGCAUCUCGACUGUCGCGAAGUCGCUGGCAGCGCAGAGGAAGUCGAAGUCCGGCGACGCGUGUUCUGGGCGGCGUUCAUCUGCGAUAAGCUGCAGAGUCUGUAUUUCGGGCGGCCGUUUACUAUCCAGCUGCGUGAUGCGCACGUGUCGAGGGAUUUUAUGGAUACGUUUGAAGAGAACGAGUUGUGGACGCCGUAUAUCGAUCCGGCUAUGCUGGGUGGACAGAUGAUGCCGCCUCAUAUACCAACGAGGAUUCACUCUGUGUCUGUGUUCCAGCAGCUAUGUUCACUGUCCAAGUUGAUGGCCAGCAUCAUUGAUAGAUUCUACGUCGUCGGAGCCACGGGGACAGGAACGCGAGCACAUCUAAACAUCAUGGAUCGAAGACUCUCAUCGUGGUAUCGCAAACUUCCCUCUGAACUACGCUUCGAACCAUGGUCUACAUCCCAGCAGACAGUCGCACCCAACAUCCUCAUCCUGCUAACAACAUACAACGCCCUCAUCAUCCUCCUCCACCGGCCAUUCAUCUCCAGUGGUCAUCUCCGCUCCGCAGACACCCCAGCAGACUCAUGGGAACGCUGCAUCACCGCCGCCAGAAACAUCACCAGUCUUGCACUGUCGUAUCGAUCUGCUUAUUCCUUACGCCGGGCAAAUUAUAUGCUCAGCUACGCCGUGUAUGUAGCGUGUACAGUACACGCGCGCAAUCCUGCCAUCCGCGAAUCAACCCGUCGAAAAGAAAGCUCGUCCCCGUUGACGAUCUGUCUGCGUUGUCUGGAUGAACUGGCGAUUCCGAAUUGUGGUGUUUCUGCUCCCGCGAGGAUUAUACGCCGGUUGAUGGAGGCUAAUGGGAUUCCUGAGGAACCCGAUCCAGAACCACUGGAUAUCAACCUGGACUUUGACACAUUUCCUGGCUUCGACAUCAGCACGGCAGGAUUUGACGAUCAAGGAUAUCCCGAAUUCACACAAGAUCUGGAUUUAUUAUUUGGCUUUAUGAACGAGUAA